UAAGUAUAGAGUGAUCGUGCGGACGUGUUGUCUCGUCUGUGUUUAGUGUUCGUAGUGUUAGUGUAAGUAAUUUAUUUAUAUCGUAGCUUUCUUCGGUGUUUUCGUGAUCGUAUUUAUUAUAUGCCGAAGCUUUGUUACUGAAAAUAGUUUUUAAAACGGAAGAAAGUAAGAAAUUAAAUUAACUUUAAUACAACGAUAAGCAAAAAGCGACAUUUGUUUCACGUACAAUAAAAGCGACAAACUGUAAAUGAUACAGCGAAUAUUCAGUGAUAUAAUUCUGUGCUAUAUUAUUACUCAUUACAAGGUUUAUAUUUGAAUAAUAGGAAAGAUAAAGUGGGGGCGGACAAGUCAUCUUGUUCUAUGAAUAGGAACUAAAAUAAUUGCUCAAUUUUAUCUAGUCGUGAGACCUUUUUCUGGAGCGAGCAGUUUCUUUUAUUGUUUGUGACAGAGGAGUGCAAUUCAUAGACAAUUCCAUUCCGGAGACAAACUCAGUUAGAUUAUUAACUCCACUGCAUUUAUGACUGAGAAUCUGAUUAUAUAAAGCAACGGAAGUUGAACAAGAAGUGUUUUAAUAACUGUUAUUUAACUUUUAACUUUAGUUUGAAUGAGGGUCUCGAUAUUCCUUAAACCUGUGCAGUAACCCAAAAUCGUGUGAUAUUUAAACGUUUUAAACAAUAACAAGACACAAUUAUUCAAAUUUUAUUUUGUUUACUGGCUACGUACGAUAAUGCUAAUUCCAACUGGACCAAUCGCAGCAGGACGUAGUCAUCAACUUCCUCAACAAACUAUACACAACGGAAAUAAUACCAAUAACAUGACACUGGUGCAACCACCACAGAUAAUGACGUCAUCAGCGUCGGUAUCCGUGGCGCCUCGAGAGCGUGACGCAAUCAAGUUGUUCGUGGGGCAGAUUCCCCGCCACCUCGAGGAAGAAGAGCUUCGCCCCAUGUUUGAAGAGUUUGGGAAAAUCUAUGAGUUUACCGUGCUUAAGGAUAAGUUCACCGGAAUGCAUAAAGGCUGUGCAUUCCUCACGUACUACAGUCGGGACAGCGCCGUGAACGCUCAAAACGCUCUGCAUGAGAAGCACACCUUGCCAGGGAGUUGCAGUUUAUCGUCUGUGGAUAUCAGACGUCCGAUACAUCAAAAUACAACCUGAUAAUGAACAUCAAAAUGCAUACUCCAAAUCAAGAUGAAGACUGAAAAUUAAAAAUC